AUGGAGAAGAAGCGGGUGGUCAUCGUCGGAGCAGGCGUCAGCGGCCUCACGGUGUGCAAGCACCUCCUGGAGCUCGGCUGCCAGCCGACCGUCUUCGAGGCCGACACCAUGCUCGGCGGCGUGUGGGCGCGCGCCCUGGCCAGCACCAAGCUCCAGACGCCGCGGUCCAUGUACCGGUACUCCGACUUCCCGUGGCCGGAGAGCAUGACGGAGGAGUUCCCGAGCCACCGCCAGGUGGUGGUGUACCUCGACGCGUACGCGCGCCACUUCGGCGUGCUCGGCUGCGUCCGCUUCGGCCACCGGGUGGUCGGCAAGGAGUACCACGGCGUCGGCGAGCAGGCCAUGGCCGCUUGGGUGGAGUGGGCUGGGAAUGGCCAGGCGUUCGGCUCCGGCGCCGGCGAGUGGCGGCUGUCGGUGGCCGACGCCGACGGCCACGUGGAGGUGAGCUAG